UCUCAAGUAAGCUGAGAGACAGGAUAGCCACCCCCACUCCAGAUCGGCCCCCCAGCUGUGGCAGCGAGGCUCCUUCUGCAGGGAGACGGCUCCUCCCCUCCUCCCGUACCAUCCACUCCCUCCCUCGCCCUCCACUCCGUGCCGUUGGAUUCUUCCAACACCUGGUCCCUUCUCCUGCCCGCAGCAACCAGCAGAUCCAGUGUUGUUUGGACAAGAUGAACCUCAUCUACAAACAGUUCAAGAAAUCUAGGCUGAGGCCAGGGCUUGGCUACAACGAGGAGCAGAUUCACAAGCUGGAUAAGGUGAAUUUCAGUCAUCUGGCCAAAAGGCUCCUGCAGGUGUUCCAGGAGGAGUGUGUGCAGAAGUAUCAGGAGUCCCUGGUCACGCAUGGCAAGCGGAUGAGGGUGGUGCACGAGACCAGGAACCACCUGCGCCUGGUGGGCUGUUCUGUGGCCGCCUGUAACACAGAAGCCCAGGGAGCCCAGGAGAGCCUUGGCAAGAUCCUUGACCGGCUGUCUCACCAGCUCCUGCAGGACAGAACACAGGGCCCUCCGGCCUCACCACCCGCCGUAGCUCCUUGUCCUACACCGAAGGACCUGCUUUUCCACAUGGAGGAGCUCUGCAAGGAGAUGAAGCGGCUGGCGUUUGACCUCCAGGACAACAACCGCAUCAUCGAACGGUUAAGCAGAGUCCCAGAAGCUCCUGAUGUCUGAGCUCCCUGGGGUGCACGAGGCUUCCUGAAGCAUUAGAAUGAUUCAAACACUGCUCUCCUGCACUGUGGGACCCAAGCCAGGGCGAGAUCUGGUCCCAUCUCACCAGCCUACCUCCCUCCUGGCCAACGGCCGGGAGAUGUCACCAGCAUUAUCUUUCGCUGCCUUUUUCCGCGGAAGCAGCGCAGCCGGGACUGGGGCACCAGGCCGUCUCUGCCCAGACCCACAGGGAGGAGUGUGGCGGCCACUGCCUGGGCUGACCUCUCUGUCUUAUCCAGACUCAGAUACUGCUCCUCUGUCACCCUGGCCUGUAUGGCUGAACCUGGCCAGGCCGUGGGGACAAGUGUCUCCAACAUGCCCUCCCACCCUGCCUCUGGUUUACAGGGCUUCACUCCCUGGGGAACAGCAGAGGAGACCCAGGGUUCUGGGUCAAACGGCCUCAUCUCAGUGUUCCUUCCUCCUGAGGAGUUUCACGUUGGACACAGCUUGUCCUGGGGCUUCUGGAGUCACCACGUUCGGCCCCAGGCAACACAGAGCCUCAUUUUCCUUCUAGUCGUGCUCUGGCUGAGCCUAAGAUUGAGCAAAUGAGUGAUCCAGGCCAGGCGGCAGUGUCUCGGGGACCCUCUCCCGCUCUCUGAGGCCCCACCUGGCCCAGCGACACGCAGCCAGCCAGCAGUAACAGGUGGCCACGCUCGUGAGCACAGGCCUGUAAGCCAGCACCCGCACCUUCAGGAAACGGAAUAAACGCCUUCUUUUCUACUGCCGUCGCCCUCUGGGCUGUGUCUGGCAGGCUCUCAGUGGUAGCCGCUUGGCAACCGAGCAGGGCCU